CGCCAGGCAACGGCAGCGGUGGGUGAGUGGGCCGUGCCAAAACCUUCCAUGUCUCCUCAAAAGCCGGCAGCUGGCUUUUUCUCCGUCCGCCUCUCUCUUUCUCCGACACCUCGCAUUCCAACCACAUCACGACGCCGUUUUCCGCAUCUGCCUCUGAGCAGCACCACCGGCGUCAUCUCCUCGACCAACUGAUCAACGCGCGUUCCAACGAUCGCAAACCUUGGGAGACGCGUUUGACGACCCAGCAGACACGAGCAGGACUCCAGACUCGGUCGCGCGUUACGGCGCUAUCAUCUUCUGCCUAAUCCAUCCUCGAAUUGCGCUUCCCGCAUCGCGCGCGCCUAGACGCGACCUUUGCUGAACCCGACAGACCCGGAGGGACUUCAGUGGCUAACCAUACGUCGCAAACAAAGGUUCACGACUGCUAUGGUGGUGACUAGGUGCUAUUGAGGGGGAAGAGUUGAUUCUAUUCAGCCCUCUCCUGCUUGACUGGGCGGCAGCGCCACGCUCAUCUGGGCUUUGUAUUGACUCUGGUUGACCAUCUCUUUUUUCCCUUUAAUUCUCGUCAUCACGGGGCCUGAUAUUGUUCUCACGGGUUCAAUCAGAAUUGAUUUUCUACUAUUUCACUGCCUGCAAGUUGACGCUAAAGAAGAAAGAAAGACGAGGGAAGGGGACAAAGACGGCGACGGCCUGAUCUGUCAACCCAGACCUACAAAAGAAAAUUGUGGCAGUGCAGCAGCCCACGUUGUUCGCGAUCUCUUCCAUCCUCCCACACCAAAAUACCUCCCGAUUUCACAUUCCCACUCUCUUUGUAUACGGCCCCUUUCCUUGGUGCGAACACAAGCUCGUCGUCGAAGCGAGCAGUCGGGAUCACACCCGUGUACCUUACCUCGACCACGACCCUUGGUGGGCUGGUCAUCUGGACCUCAAGCACGUAACACAGCGUCGUCAGCCGGCCUUGGACAAAGAUGUCUUCCUCCGUUUUCUUCAAGUUCAAGUCCCAGAAAGAGCCUACCCGUGUAGAAUUCGACGGCACUGGCAUCUCGGUCUUUGAACUGAAGCGUGAUAUUAUUCUCAAGAGCGGACUAGGCGACGGAACAGACUUUGACCUCGCCAUCUACACCGAGGACGGCGUGGAGGAGUACGACGAUGACACCACCAUCAUCCCCCGAUCUACGACCGUGGUCGCCCGGCGGCUGCCCUCCAUCAAGCAGGGCGCCGGGCGCGCCGCCCGAUACGUGUCCGGGAAGAUGCCCGUGAACGCGAAGAACAACUCCAGGAAAGAGCAGGUCGCCAAGGCGGCGGCCAAGACCACAUCGACGGCCCUCGCCCAGAUGAACAACGCGCUCACCGAGGAGGAGAGGCUAGCUGCCAUGUUCCAGGCGCAGUCGGAGCAGUGGACUGCCCAGCAAGAAGAGCUCGCCCAUCAAACCCCCGUCUUCCAUAAUAACAAGGCUGGGCCUGGCAAGCGGCCAGUGAAUGUCCCAGACCACGACCCGCCCAACGGAUACAUUUGCUACCGCUGCGGCGAGAAAGGCCACUGGAUCCAGCUGUGCCCAACCAACGACAACCCCGACUUCGACAACAGGCCCCGUGUGAAGAGGACGACCGGCAUCCCCAAGUCGAUGCUGAAGACGGUGGACAAGGCCACAGUACUGGGCCAAAACGGUUUGGACGACGACGGCAAGCUCCCCUCGGGCGUCAUGGUGAACGCCGACGGAGAGUUUGUUGUUGCACUGCAGGACAAGGAGGUGUGGAAAAAGUUCCAGGCGCGGACCAAAACGGCGGCCGCGGCCCUGAAGGUGGCCGUGCAGGGCGACAAGGAACUGCAGGACAGGGGCCUGGAGUGUCCUAUGGACAAGAGACUAUUUAAUGAGCCAAUGAAGACUCCAUGCUGUGAGAAGACGUACUGCAACGAUUGCAUAACAAACGCCCUCAUAGAGAGCGACUUCGUCUGCCCGGGCUGCCAGUCCGAGGGCGUUCUAAUCGACAAUCUCAAGCCCGACGACGGUACGUCGGCCAAGAUCAAGGAGUACCUCGACGAGAAGGAGGGCAACGACAAGGACCAAUCAAAGAGCCCAACAAUCGCUGCCGGCAGCUCACCCUCGGCAAGCAACAACCAGGCCGCUGACUCGAACUCGAGUACCGAGGACCCCAGCAAGCGGUCGACAUCGGGAUCAAAGUCGCCCAAGUCGCCUGGGAACGAUGGGUCAAAGGCGGCCGACGGCACCGUCGCCACCACCCACAACGACGGCGCAAAUUCCAAGAAGCGCCCUGCGGAGGAGCUCGCUGAGAACCCGAGAGUGCCGCGAGCUCCUAAGGCGAUGCAGCAGCAGCAGGAGGCGCAACAGCAACAACAGCAGCAGAUGAUGCAGCAGAUGAUGGGCGGCAUGGGCCCAAUGGGCAUGGGCAUGAUGCCUUUUGCUCCCAUGCCCAUGAUGAACGGCAUGAACGCUGGCAUGAUGGGCAUGCCCAACAUGAACAUGGGCAACAUGGGCAACAUGGGCAAUAUGGGCAUGAUGAACCCCAUGAUGAAUCCGAUGAUGGGCAUGGGCGGCUUCAACAACGACCCCGGCAACAACAUGAACGGAGGAGGAAACAUGAACGGCGGCUACCCCAUGAACAAUGGCUACAACAACGGCGGCGGCGGCCCCAUGAACGGGGGCUACCCCAUGGGCGGCAACCACAGCAACAACGGGCCUGGCUGGGGGGGUAUGCACCAGGGUCAGAUGAACGGCAACAUGGGCGGCCACAUGAGCGGCCACAUGAACGGCGGCUACAACAACCACAUGGCCCCGUUCAAGCAGUUCUCCAACCAACCGGCCACCGAGGACGACGCCUACUUUCGCAAGCCCGUCAAUCCACACCGCCAUCAGAACCGGCAGAGGAGGGUACGGCCGAGCGACUACCGCGAGCUGUGAUUGAGCCGUGGGCUCGUGCCGCUCCAUUUCGACUCGCCAUCGUCCCUCGCCCUCUUGUGAUUGGAGCCAUCGCGUGGAGAUUCUGUCUCGUAUUGGUGGGCGGCACACGUUUUCUCGGUCACACUACAACGGUGUUCUUUGGAUAUCUUGGAGCGGCCCAUGUUUCUUUCUUUUUCUGCUUUGCUCUUUUUUCGCUUCUUUCCAUCUCUCUUUUCUCUGCUAUCGCUUAAAUCUUUGGCAUGACAUGGUGGCAUGGUGACGAAACACGGCGUUGGAGGUGGUCUGCACUGUUCACGAUGGGGCUUUUUUUUUUAUUUGCUUGAUGCUUGGGUGGGGAGGAGAGCGAGUGGGAGGGAUGGUGGUAAUCUGGGGGAUGCGGUCACAGCUGCAUAAGGGGCGAGGGGUCGGCUGCUUGGACUUGUAUCAUAUUAGGAGGCGGACAUUGGGCCCUGGGGAUGGCAUGGAUUUCGUCAUUCGCCUUUCAAGUACAAAAUACACAAAAACAAACGCAUUUCAUCCAGCGA